AUGCUUGGUAGUGCUCCUCGGUCGCCGCAAGCAUCGCCUGCUCAUGCGAAUAUGGGUGGUCCAGCUUCUCCGACGGCCAAACCUCCUGGCGCGAACCCGGCCUCUUCUACUGCAAGCCCGUCAUUUGCGCAAAGAAAGGCAAAUCUGUCCCGGUCGUCGAACUCGAAUAGCUUUGAAGGAACCCAGAUCAUGCGAGACAUUGAACGCUUACCCCCCGCCGAUAAUUCGACUUCUAAGAAGUCCCACGUGCACCCAUCUCUCAGCAUGAGGACGAGCGCAUACUUCGAGAACGAGUUCGGCCCGGCGAACAGGGACGCAGACUCGAAUAGAGAGCGCAUACAAAACGAAGCUAUGGUCGUGGCGGAGCUGAGGACGAAUGUCAUUAUCAAGGAUGAGUUCACUUUCAUCACAGACCUUUCCUACCACAUGUCCAACAGAUAUCAGCGGCCAGUAUCCUCCAUCUCCGUCACCCUGACUCACGGUAGCUGCAUGAUGUUUGGCGGGUCUUUCGACCCGGCCUAUACACUGGCUAUCUACGCACUCCCGUGUCUAGUCCAACCAGUUACCAACCGGAGAAACGCUGCCCUCAUCCAGCGACAUCUGCAAGAAUCGCUGGCCGUGAAACCAUCCAGGGGUUACAUCCGCUUUGUGGCAACCCCGGAAGAGAAUGCUGCCACCGGCGGCAAGACAGUUGCAGCCGAGAUCGACGAGCUGAAUAAGAGAAGUACCGAUCAGGAGGCAGCCAUGUCUAGGAAAAAGUCCAAGCCUGGGCGGAAGCUCAGUGCUAAGUCGUUCGGGAACUUCAGGUCGCCUUCGACGGCCAAUCUCACCCAAAAGGUGCCAACACCGCCGCCGAGCAUCCCGGGCGAGACUACCCGAAUCGCAACUAUUCCAGAGGUCCCGCCUACACCACCCGCAGACGACAAGCUAGGCGAGCUCGUUGAACACAAGCAAGAGAAGCGUGCAUCACGCAGAAAAAGUAUCAAGUUCGCUUUGUUCGGUUCUAGGUCGCAAGCUGGAGAUGGGAGGCGCCUCAAGACGUCGGAGACCGACCGCUGA